GUCUUAUCAAGAUGAAAACGACAGGAUAGGUUUCAGUUGUUACAUUAAGAAGAUUGAAAUACUACAACGUUUUGAUAAAACGGUUUGACAGUCCACCAGUUCGCAUCUUGAAGGAUGGUGAUUAUAUAGUUAUACAGUACUCAUAAGAAGAUAUUACAUGAUUCUGCUUUCCUAACAGCUUUACGGGAAUUUCCUUAUGAAAGACACCAUGAAGAGUCUCACACCUUGUGUGUAAUAUGCCCGUCAAGCUUAUUUACUUAAAAGUAGCUAUAAAUGCUUUCUUCUGAAAUCAACUUGACGGCAUUUUUCAUUAAUCCCACUGAAUAACGAGUAUGUCAAAGUGAGUGGGUAGUUCUUAGAGCCCCACCAUGAAUGUCUCACUUCCAAAAUUGAUGUUCACUAUACAUGCGUAAACGAACAUACCGCCAAAAUCCUAAGUGGGAGAAUAUAUGAUAAAUUUCUCCAAACCAAAAUCGGCAGUUUGAUAGCGAGCCGCAGAUCUGUUUGCCCCACUUGAAGCGCUGAAAAUAUUGCAAACGUGGGAGGACGCCGAGUCUGACGUUCCAGAUAUAACCGACCGAAUAUUUGAAAUCAAGUUUCACAGUAUUGCUUUGGACGGAUCUAAGUGCGUGAAGGUGCAAUCACAUCGAGAUGGGCAAGGUACCAGCAAUUGGCAUUGAUUUGGGCACCACCUACUCCUGUGUAGGAGUCUGGCAACAUGGAAAAGUGGAGAUUAUCGCCAACGACCAAGGAAACAGAACUACCCCCAGUUAUGUGGCAUUUACUGAUAGUGAGAGGCUCAUUGGUGAUGCAGCCAAAAGUCAGGUGGCGAUGAAUCCUAAAAACACCGUUUUCGAUGCCAAACGGUUAAUUGGUCGUAAGUUUGAUGAUACCAAAAUCCAAGAAGAUAUGAAACACUGGCCGUUUACUGUAGUCAAUGAUGGUGGAAAGCCAAAGAUCCAAGUUGAAUACAAAGGCGAAGUCAAGAAGUUUGCACCUGAAGAAAUCAGUUCCAUGGUCCUCACAAAAAUGAAGGAGAUAGCCGAAGUAUUCUUGGGUGGCAAGGUGUCAGAUGCUGUGAUCACUGUCCCAGCCUACUUCAAUGAUUCUCAAAGGCAGGCCACCAAGGACGCCGGAACUAUCGCCGGUAUGAACGUACUCAGAAUCAUCAAUGAACCUACAGCGGCUGCUCUUGCCUACGGUCUAGAUAAGAACUUGAAAGGAGAGAAGAACGUGCUCAUUUUCGAUCUAGGUGGAGGUACCUUCGAUGUGUCUAUUUUGGCUAUCGACGAAGGAUCUCUCUUUGAGGUCAAGUCUACUGCUGGAGAUACGCAUUUGGGUGGAGAGGAUUUCGACAACCGCUUGGUCAAUCACUUUGUAGAGGACUUCAAAAGGAAGCAUAAAAAGGAUCUUUCCGGUAAUACAAGAGCACUGAGAAGAUUGAGAACCGCAUGCGAGCGAGCAAAGAGAACAUUGUCAUCUAGCACUGAAGCUAGUAUUGAAAUUGAUGCUCUCCAUGAUGGUAAGUUCAUGCGGCAAUCUGGCUAUGCUUUUAAAACAAUCACAAGAGCCCGUUUCGAAGAACUCUGCAUGGACCUCUUUCGAGGUACCCUCCAGCCUGUAGAAAAGGCCCUCAAUGACGCCAAGCUGGACAAGGCUGCCAUACACGAUGUCGUCCUUGUCGGCGGUUCAACUAGGAUUCCCAAGAUCCAGAAGAUGCUCCAGGACUUUUUCUGUGGCAAGCCCUUGAACCUUUCCAUCAACCCUGAUGAGGCAGUAGCAUACGGAGCAGCUGUCCAGGCAGCCAUUUUGAGCGGAGAUACCAGCUCUCAGAUCCAGGAUGUACUGCUGGUUGACGUUGCGCCUCUUUCACUUGGUAUCGAGACUGCUGGCGGUGUCAUGACCAAGAUCGUUGAAAGAAAUUCCAGGAUUCCAUGCAAGCAACAGCAGACCUUCACAACCUACUCUGACAAUCAGAACGCCGUUACCAUCCAAGUGUACGAAGGAGAACGUGCCAUGACCAAGGAUAACAACUUGUUGGGCACCUUCAACCUGACCGGUAUCCCGCCUGCACCCAGAGGUGUCCCGAAGAUCGAGGUCACGUUCGAUCUGGACGCCAAUGGCAUCCUGAACGUGUCCGCGCGGGACACCAGCACUGGCAAGUCGGAGAAGAUCACCAUCACCAAUGACAAAGGCAGGCUGUCCAAGGCUGAGAUCGACAAGAUGUUGUCUGAAGCAGAGAAGUAUGCCCAUGAAGAUGAGAUGCAAAGGGCGAAGAUCCAGGCAAGAAACCAGCUGGAGACUUACGUGUUCAGUGCUAAGCAGGCUGCAGAGGAAGCACCAGGUGACAAGCUUUCGGAGGAGGACAAGAAACUUGUACAAGAUAAAUGUUCUGACGCACUUAGUUGGCUGGACAAGAACCAACUUGCCGAAAAGGAUGAGUUUGAACACAAGCUUAAAGAACUGCAGCAGGAUAUUCAACCGGUCAUGAUGAAGCUUCAUCAAGGAAGUGGACAGCAAGGCAACAAGGGACCAACAGUCGAAGAAGUAGAUUAAAUAGUAACUUGCUGAAGAAUAUAAGUUGUUUUGUAAUUUAUAUGUAAACCAAAACGAUAUGUGGACGUGCUAUUAAUAAAGGCUUUUUUCCUCA